UUUAAAGUCAGUCGUCAGUCCGUCAACCGUCAGUCUCGAAAAUAUUCCCGGAAGAAAAAAUUAAGUUUUACUUCUGUUUUACGUCUUAUUUUAAUAAUUUGAAAUUAGUUUCUGGGGCUGUGAUUCGAACGACAAAUUUUUAAUAAUUUGCAAAUUAUAUCUUACACGGCAGUUUGUAAUCAGAAGUUUAUUCUAGUCCGAGAAGUUAGAGAUCUGUAUUAAAAAAAUGAAUUUUUCAAUUUUGCUGACAACUCUCUUUAUCAUAAUCUCCAUUACGUUUACAAAAGCUGCUGUCGUGAAAACUUCCGAGGAUGUUAUUAUUAAUACCACGAACAUGACAGAUAUUCCACAUGAAGAUAAUAUUACUCCUGAACACCCGCCAGCACCACCAACAGAUCCAACCACUGUUAAACCACCCAUUACAACAGCCACUACACCUAAUACAACUUCAGCUACUACACCCGUCACUCCUACUACUUCUAGCACUAAAUCUCCACCUACAACAAGUGCAACCCCAACUACUACAAAAUCGACUACCACAACCACAACUAUUAAAACGACAACUACUGUAAAACCGCCAACUACUGCAACCACAACUGCUACCACUGCCGGUCCGCCUGUUACAAGUACUACAGCAAGUCCUGUUCCGAAUCCUACUGCAAAGCCAGAGCAUAACAGGAGAUUCGACGGACCCAGUUUUAUUGGAGGAAUAGUCUUGGCGUUGGGAUUGGUGGCCAUAGGAUUUGUAGCUUUUAAAUUUUAUAAAGCUCGUAUUGAAGUCAACUAUCAUACUCUUUAACCCCAUGACAAUUUAAACUUUAAUAUUUAAACGUCUUGGUUUGAUGCACAGGUGCUGAGAAUAGGUUUAAGACCUUUUUUAUUUAAUACAUCGAUAUAAAUGUAAUGAGAAAAUGUUUCUCUUUCUAACAUCUGUUACCUGAAAUAUUCGAAUGAUUUUUGUUAGUCUAUGGGAACAAAAGAUCUUAUAAUUAAAAUAUUCGAACUUAGCUAAUACAGUAUACGAAAGUUGGGAAAACUCAUUUUUAAUAAAUGUAGCAUCAAGUCCUCUAAAGAUCCUAAAAUAAGUAUUAUAAUAAAGAAAAUUGUAUUGAUUUUAAAAACACUUAAGGUGACCAACAAAAAACUCUAAACUUAAUUUAUUUGUGAUAAAUUUCUAGCUUUCUUGGAUUUUAAAUUCUUCGAACAAUUAUCUGCCUCGUUGUUAGUUAUUUCUAUAUACAUAUUCGUUUUUUUGCCUUCUACUACUUUCGAGUCAAUUUUUACGAUUAUUCUUACUUGAAUAAUUAUUGUUAUUAGUAGUGUUCUUAGGGCCGGUUGUUCGAACGCUAAUCAGAAAUGAUCAUUAUCAAAUAUUUAAUUACUGUCACCAACUGUCAAUGUCAACUUUGUUUGGGUUGCUGAAAACAUAAUUAUGGAUUACAAUUAUGAAAUUAGUUAAUCAAUUAUGUUAAUAAUUGUUAUGUUAAUUGAUUAACUAAUCUCAUAAUUAUAAUCAAUUAUGUUUUCAGCAACCCAAUCAAAGUUGACAUUGACCGUUGGUGACAGUAAUUAAAUAUUUGAUAGUGAUCAUUGUUGAUUAGCGUUCGAACAACCGGCCCUUAGUGUUUCCAGAUACUCAAAUCUUGUACUCCUGUACUCUGAUUCCUUAUUAAGGUGAAACAGUAGCGAUCAACAGGUAGCGAAAACGCGUUCCAAGAUUGCGGCUGUAAUUUUGAAUAUUUUUUCGAGAUAUUUGGCACACGUAUUCGUAAUAUAAUAAAGAAUGGCGGUACAGAGCCCAAUUUGAAAAAUAUAUUAAUAUGUGGAAAUUACUCUGUAAUUAAAUACAAUAUUAAAAAAACGAGCCUGUACCGCCAUUAAGAAGAACAAAAAAAUACACUUUCUUCAAAUAAACCUUUUUAUCCGAUGCGUAGAUUUUGUGUCAUUUUGGAACUACUAAUGAAAUAAAAAAUUUUACUAGUUCCAAAAUGACACAAAAUCUAGGAAUCGGCUAAAAAAGUUUAUUUGAAGAAAGUGUAUUUUUUGUUCUUCUUAAUGGCGGUACAGGCUCGUUUUUUUAAUAUUGUAUUCAUUUACAGAAUAAUUUCCACAUAUUAAUAUAUUUUUCAAAUUGGGCUCUGUACCUCCAUUCUUUAUUAUAUUACGAAUACGUGUGCCAAAUAUCUCUAAAAAAUAUUCAAAAUUACAGCCGCAAUCUUGGAACGCGUUUUUGCUACCUGUUGAUCGCUACUGUUACCUCUUAAGAAUUUUUUUAUAAUCUUUCAUAAAUAACGUUCACCUAAGCUUAGCAGUAAUGUAUUUUAUUUAACAAUAUUCUAAAAAUAAACAUUAUUUCUACAAUGUAAUAUUUAGUGAUAAGUAACUGUAUUUGUUGGAACAGUUGCGUUUGUUUAUCAGUUGUUAAUGGAAAUCCUAUCAAAAAUAUUUUUGUACCACAUGUGAUAAAGAACAUUUUAUCGGUUAGAAAGAUGUUUCUUGUAAAUACCAGGAAGUUAGUCAUACAUAUUUACAUUGUUUAUUUGUGUAGGAUUUCGUAAUGCAUAAAGAGAGAACUCGGUUCAGGGUCUUCAAUGAUUACAAUGAAAUUGAUAAAGGAGCAUUACUCAAGUCUGCAUAACUGUUGUAUGUUUAAAAUUAAACUAACAUUUAUUUUUGUCCCCAAAAUAUUCAAUUUUUUAUUCGAAGACUUUAAAUAUUUGAGUUAUUUUUUCUGUUUUAUUUUUAUUGCUUCUUUGUGUUUAAUUUCUUUUUACGCCACGCAUAUUAAAACUUACAUUUAUGUAAAUCAUAGAUAGGUCAUCAUCAUUUGUGUAGGAUUUCGUAAGUGCAUACAGAGAAAACGGUUCAGAGUCUUCAAUGAUUAUAAUGAGUUUGGUAAAGGAGCAUUACUCAAGUCUGUAUAACUGUUGUAUAUUUAAAAUUAAACUAACAUUUAUUUUUUUCCCAAAAUUAUUCUAUUUUAUAUUCGAAGACUUUAAUGAAUAUUGGAGUUAUUUUUUACUGUUUUAUUAUUUAUUGCGUCUUUGUUAUAUUAUGUUUUUUGUUUCUUGAAACUCAUUUAAUUUGCUGCUUCUGUUGAGCCUUUUGAAUUUGUGUUUAAUUUAUUUUUACACCACGCGUAUUAAAAGCUUUUUCUUCUUCUUCGGGUGCCAUUUCCUCUACGGAGGUUGACAAUCAUCAUAGCUAUUUUAAUUUUUGAGGCAGCAGCUCUAAAUAAACCAUUCUCUCAGGUUCUUCAACCAUGAAAUUCGUCUUCUUCCGAUGCUUCUUCUGCCAUCUAUCUUUCCUUGCAUUAUGAGUCGCAGGAUGCCAUACUUCUCGCCCGCAUCACAUGUCCCAGAUACUGUAGCUUUCUCUCUUUAAUUGUAAGUUCAACUUCCUUCUCUUUACUUAUUCUUCUCAGUACUUCAUUGUUCCGUAACUAUAUAUAUCCAGGAAACCCUCAUAAUUCUUCUAUAGGUCCACAUUUCAAAGGCGUUAAGUCGUCUCAUUGUCUCUAGAUUUAACGUCUAUGAUUCCACUCCAUAGUAUAGUUCACUGUAUACGCAACAUUUUGUUAGGCGUACUUUCAGAGCUAAUGUUAAAUCUUUGCCACAUGGAUCCUUUUCAUUUUCAUAAAAUUAGAACGUGCUUUUUCGAUACUAACUUUGAUUUCUGCAGUGUAGUCAUUAUUUUCUGUCAUAAGUGUUCCUAGGUAAGUGCACUUUUUUACUCUUUCGAUCUGCUGGUCCUCUACUAUCAAGAUUUUGUUAGUAUUAUGGCUGUUUUUACUCAUUUUUGUAAAUUUCGUCUUUUUGAUAUUGAGAGAGAGUCCGUACUCCCUACUACACCUUACUAUUUUACUCAUGAGUCUUUCCAGGUCUUGUAAACUAUCGGCGAUUAUUACUGUAUCAUCUGUAUAUCUGAUGUUGUUAACUAAGACUACAUUACUAUUAUGCCGACGUGUCAUCUUCCAGAGUUUCUCGAAUUACCUCUUCAGAAUAAGCGUUAAAUAAUAAAAGUGAUAGUAUGCAGCUUUGCUGGACUCCUCUCUUUGCCAUUUCCAUUUCUUCAGAUGCUUCUUUUUCAAUUCUUACUAUUUCUCGCUGAUUGUAAUGGAGGUGUGUUAUUAGCCUUAAAUCUCUUUCAUCUAGGUUUUUAUUUCACUAAUAUCCAGCUCCAUUAGAGUGUAUUUUGGCGUGGAUAAUUUACAAUAGAUUUUUCAAUGUAUGCUAUGUAUUAAAAGCUUAUAAUAAGUAAAUUGUAUCUACAUUAUUGUUUUGUACAGUACAACUUUUUUCGUAUAUUUGUUAUUUUUGAUUAAUUCCUUUAUGUUUCGUGUAUUUUAUGGUGCUUGGCGUUUAACUAUUUCCUGUGUAUCAAUUUAUGUAAAUUAUAGAUAUGCAUUCUGUAGAAAGGACAAUCCUGCAUUCAUUCGAUACUGAAUUUUCUCAACAUGUGUAAGUUGUUUUUGUUGCAUAUUUACGAUAAAUAUUAUUUUUACCAAUAUCUUCUGUGUUGGGCAUGUUUUCACUUCUUCGAUUUUAAAUCUUUUAUAACUCAUGCUCUACGUUAUUAUAUUGUUGACGUCGAAGAAAAAACUGUCUAAUUUGAACUUUUGAGAAGGGAUAGACGCCUUUUGGGUAAAUUUUUCUAUAAAUAGUAAGUUGGAAAGGUAAACUAUCAGGUGAACACAUACAACAUACACCAGAACCAUACAUACGCUACAAAAUUCCCAAAAUUAGUUUAAGUUUUUCCCAAAGUUAACGAGUUUAUAUUACUGAAUGUUUCGUCUCAAAAAGUAGGGUAUUGAUAUUAGAUAUUACUGAAUAUGUUUUUAUUAACACUUUGAACCUAUUCUCAGCACCACCAUGUCUUCUGCAAUGAAUUGCAUCAACCGUAUACAUUACUAUACCAUUGAUAUGAGUUUAAGUGUCUUGUAUGUGAUAUAUGUUAAGAAUAUUUGCAUUUUUAGAAGCUAUUGCAAGGACUCAUUAUCGAUUUUCUUUUUUGUUUCUAAUGUUAGUUUUGUCGAAUAUGUAGAGUAGGACUUAAAGUUUGAUGAUUAUUAUUUUGGAUCCUUGUAAAUAAAUAAAAUAAUCUGAGGCUAGAUCAUUAUUUGCUAAUUUUUCAAAUGUAUUUCACUAACAUGUAGUUGCGACCAAUGUAAAAAAACAUCUCUUAUUCUAUUCAAUAUUUUUGUUUAGUUUAUUACACAUAAUUAAAUAGAGAAGUUUAAGGUUUGUAAGCGUGGUGAAGAUUGCAUAAAAAAUUUAAUGAAUAUAACUGGGAGAACGUAGGACAAAUAUUCCUGGACAAAAAAUCUUCAAAAUCCUCGGACAAAAAAUCCUCACAAAAAAUUCCGAUCAAAUAAUCCCCACAAUUUUUUGGACAAAAUAUCCCCACAAAAAAUUCCGGAAAAAAAUCUCCAAGAAAUAUUUGCUGCCGGAUAGUUUUCAAAAGUUUUCCAGUGAACGCAAUCGACGCAAAUGUUUUUCAACCUCAUUGCAUGAGAGUAUAGCAAUCACCAUGAUUGAAUUUUGUACAUGAUUCCCACAGCCUUAGUUCCUUCCCCAUAUAUUCUACUAUUUUUGAAAAAACUCACAGUAUUUUGUCAUGUAAAAUUUGAAGUUUUCGGCAUGAGUCCGUACUGGGAAAACCAGUUGGAAUAGGAAUUUGGAAUUUUAAAUUUGGUAAUCGAAAUUACAAUUCAUGCUAAUCAUUAUUUUCGUGCCGAAAAGCUGCUUCACGACGAUUGCUAUAAGCUCAUGCGCUGAGGCUGAAAAACAUUUGGGUCCAUUGCAUUUACAGGAAAACUUUUGAAAACUAUUUGGCAGCAAAUAUUUCUUGGGAAUCGUUUGUCUGGGGAUUUUUGUCCAGGAAUAAUUUGUUGGGAGUUUUUGUCCGGGAUUAUUUGUCCUUACAACUAGUGGGAUAUACCUAAAUCAGUUUCAUAUUGGAUAAUAUUUUCGUAUUAUAUUUUCACUUUCUUAUACUCAUUUCUUUAUUUUGUUGGAUAAAGAAGAGUAAUUUGGUUUAGAUCGAGACAAACAAGCUGCUGUUAGUGAUCUACAGUUUGUAAAAUAUAAAUGAUACAAAUAUUUAGUGGUUUUAGAUAGGUAAUUACUUGAAGUUUAGUUUUUUGUGAUAAAUUAAUUCUCUCUUUUACGCGUACCUAGAAAUUACACUUGUACGUAUGCAAACAAAACUUGUGAUGUUUGAAAAUGAGACUUUUGAAGUUUUAGGUACGCGUAGAAACAGUUAACCCGUGAGCAGUCGCGCCGUGAGAAAAACUCUCACAUUUUAUCCUUUUCCGUGAUAACUUAAUGAAACAUUUUUCAACAUUGCUUUCCACUCGUAAGUGCCUCGAGGAAGACCGUAGUAGUGCCCAAUUUUUUUUUUUUUUUUAAUUUUUUUUGUAGAAUUUAUGGCUUUGGUGAUAACUAAUUAGCUUUAAAAUUGUUAGAAAUAGAUAUUUUUAACAUAACAAGUAAAUAAAAAUAUUAUAAAAUGGAAAUUUGUUUUAAAUUCAUAUUGUGAGAUUUUUUCUCUACGCGCGACUACUUACGUUACAGAAGUGAGCGCGACUGCUCCCGGGUUAAAGGCCGAUUGAUGAUUAUUCCAAGUAUGUAUUGACUACUUAUUUCUUGUAUCGUCAGUCGACUAUGUGCAAUUUGCGUUUAAACCUCUAAUGCAUUAAGAUUUGUUUUGGUUUCAAAAUUAAUACAUAUUUUAUGAUUGUCGUAAACAAAUUCAAGAUUAGCAAGAACAUAAAGAAGUACUGUUGUUAAUAUUUUCAUCAAAUACUUAUUUAUAGGUGGUUUAUUUGUCUAAAAGUAUCGUAUCUUCUAAAAUUUCGGAUAACUGCUUGACCAUUACAUAAACCUCAAUAAAUACAAGUUGACUACAGUACCUGGCCAAAUUAUUAGGCCAAGUAAGGAAAAAUUUACUAUAUUAUGAAGUUAUUUUUCUCAUGAUUAUGAACAUAAUUGGAAAAAAUACUGUUGUUCCUUUUUUUGUGGAUAUUAACUUUAAGGUGCGGAUCCAUUAGGUUUGCUGCUCCUCGCUCCCUGCAACUGCUCCAAUUGAUACGGCAUGCGCUCCUCUACAUAUAAAUCGCCACCGAUUGAAGCGCCGAGCAGAGCGCGAACCUAAUGGAUACGCACCUUUAUCUGUAAAUGAUCGCAUGUCGUAUCGAUUGGAGCAGUUGCCGGGAGCGCGGAGCAGCAAACCUAAUGGAUACGCACCUUAAAGUUAAUAUGCACAAAAAAGGAAUGCACCUUAAAGUUACAGGGAGCGCGGAGCAACGAACCUAAAGGAUACGCACGUCAAGAGUUAAUAUCCACAAAAAAGGAAUAAAACAAUAUUUUUUCAAAUAUAUUCAUAAUCAUGAGAGAAAUAACUUCAUAUAGUAAAUUUUUCCUUGCUUGGCCUAAUAAUUUGGCCAGGUACUGUAAGAUAGGAGAAAGAUUACAUUAUUACCAAACACCUUUAUUUGGUUCGAGUUAUAUGUAUUAGUGCUUUGUUAAUUCUACAGAUUAGAUUCCCGCACAUUUAACAAUGUCUGGACCUAACAAUGUUUCUAUUAUGUUUUCGUUUUCAUACUUUCGAUUAAAAUAUUUUAAAUAAUCGAGCAAUCCCUAAGAAUGCAGAUAUUUUAAACCUCAGAUAAUCGUCCGGUUUUGGACAGUUUCCUUUUUCCUAUUUUGAGCAAUUUAAAAAUAACUCGCCAUUUUUCUGUGGUUAUUUUGUCCUGUCGUUUUUUGUUUUGGAAUUCGAGCAGGUAAUGUACAUUUAAGUUUUACCAGUUGAAACAUGUUUUACUUUAGGAUAUCCAGAUAUUUAUUCCCACGUCCGUUAACCUCUUAUUCGACCCUUAACCGGAGACCUGCCGUCUGUAGACUGAGACUGUAGCAUAAACAUAUUCUAAAGAUUAUUUCGAACAACUCCAUCCACCGGCACCACGCUUUAUAUAUUCCUAAUACUAUUGGCUGCUUAGCAGUCACUUGAUUUGCUUUUUUUUUCUGUAACAAUAAAUGAAACGCGACGCAUUUUAAGCGCUUAUAUGGGUUACUGUCAAUAAUCUUUCCACUUCUAAAUAUUUUUUAAAUAUAUUUACUGUACCUUAUAAUCACAUAUGUAUACGGUACUAUAUUAUUAAAUAAAUUUAAAAAAUUGAUUUGCAUGAUUAUCUCCUUAAAAAACGGUAGUUUUUCAGACGAAAUGUCUCCGUUUGUGUGCUAAAAUGAAGUCUCUCCAGUUAAGGGUUAAUAUACAUCAUGUUAUGUUUUUUCAUCAUUCUGUAUGCUGUUAUUAUUUAUUGAACGUUACAUUCUGUAAAUUACCAUGUUUGUGAGUCAUAAGUUACGAGUAGGUGGAAACACAGAUUUCCUGUAGUUUUAAAAAUUCCGACAUAAAGUGCGUAAAUGCAUUAGAGGGUUAACAAUAUUAAUAUUAAUUAUAAAUGAUGCUUGAACAAACUUAAGUCAAUAAUAUUAAGAGAGCUUAAACAAAAUCCAAUUUAAAACAUGCACGUUACUUGACAUUUCAAGAUCAAUAUUGCGUUAAUUAAAUUGAACACUUUUGUAAGAUAUGAAACAUGAGUAAGAUUGUCACGAAUUUUAGACUAGCGUAGAAAUUAACCAAAAAAUAAUCAUAAAUUUUGGAAAAGUAUUUCUGUACAUAAAAGUAUUUCUGUACAGCGAGAUUGGAAGUUUCGGUUUUAUUAUUGAUUCUAUUAUAAAAACGUUUCUACAAAGUCGCAAAGUGUAUUUCAUUUUUUACUGAAGGAAAAGUUUUGAUGUUUUGUAUAUAAAAAGAGAAUUAAAUAUUCAUCAUCUGUAUUGUUUGAUCAAAUUUUGUAAUAAAAUGUUCAUUUUAA